GAGAGAGAGAGAGAGAAUCACAGUAAGUCACACACGAGCAAUGCUGAACACAGCAUGUGCCACUCUACAGACUCUGUCACUUUAUGAAGACGACAGUAUUCACUGAGCUCGGGAAGCUCCAGGACAUUCCAUCAACUCUGUAUCUUCAUACACACAGAAGGACGCAGCACAGAUGAAACAGGACAUCACUGUCUUCUUUAAAACCUGCAGGCUCUGAAUCAGCAUCUGCAAGUUCCAGCUCGGACCUUGUGAAGUUUUUGCUAUUCGGUCUUCUUCUCCCUCGUUCUGCUCCUGUUCAGGGAUUUAACCAGUUCACUUCUAGCCAUGCAGGUGUCCUUUGCAUGCACCGAUCAUGGGCUAAAGGCACCACGGAACAAUGAGCCAACCAAGCAAAACACAGCGAGUCCGAACACAACAAGUGCAGCCCGGGCUCGGUUCCGCACAGUGGCGCUAAUCGCUCGCAGCCUUGGAUCCUUCACACACCGCCACCACAUCUCACUCAAAGAGUCCACAGGCAAACUCACUGGCAUGAAAUACAGGAAUCUUGGGAAAUCCGGAUUGCGAGUAUCAUGUUUGGGACUUGGAACAUGGGUGACAUUUGGGGGUCAGAUUUCCGAUGAGGUAGCAGAGCAGCUAAUGACUAUCGCCUAUGAGAGCGGAGUUAACCUCUUUGACACAGCUGAGGUUUACUCAGCCGGGAAAGCUGAAAUCAUUCUUGGAAAUAUCAUCAAGAAGAAAUGCUGGAGGAGGUCGAGUCUAGUGAUCACUACCAAGCUUUACUGGGGAGGAAAAGCAGAAACAGAAAGAGGUCUCUCAAGGAAGCACAUUAUUGAAGGUCUGAGAGGGUCUUUACAGAGGUUACAGUUAGAAUAUGUGGACGUCGUCUUUGCCAAUCGGCCUGAUAACAACACUCCUAUGGAAGAGAUCGUGAGGGCAAUGACUCAUGCUAUAAACCAGGGAAUGGCCAUGUACUGGGGGACAUCACGCUGGACAGCUAUGGAGAUAAUGGAGGCAUACUCUGUGGCAAGGCAGUUCAACCUGAUCCCUCCAGUGUGUGAACAGGCCGAGUAUCACUUCUUCCAGAGAGACAAAGUGGAAGUGCAGAUGCCGGAGCUGUAUCAUAAAAUAGGUGUGGGUGUGGUGUCCUGGUCUCCUCUGGCCUGUGGAAUCAUCACAGGAAAGUAUGAAAAUGGUGUCCCAGAAUCCUCUAGGGCAGCAAUGAAGUCAUACCAGUGGCUGAAGGAUAAGAUAGUGAGUGAGGAUGGACGAAAACAACAGGCUAAGCUGAAGGAGCUGAGUCACAUUGCAGAAAAGCUUAGCUGUACACUACCGCAACUUGCUGUGGCUUGGUGCUUACGGAAUGAGGGUGUGAGUUCAGUUCUGCUGGGAAGCUCCAACCCUGCACAACUCACAGAAAACCUAGGUGCAAUACAGGUGCUUCCAAAGAUUACACCUCACAUUGCCUCAGAGAUUGACAAAAUUCUGGGCAACAGACCCCACAGUAAGAAAGACUAUCACCACUGAGGGAUUCUGGGACUGAAAAGGAUAUGUGUCAUUCCUGAUCUGUCAGUGUGUCUCUCACUGUUAUGUGGGAUUACUGUAGACCAUUGCUGUUAUAUCCUCAUAAUGGCAGUAUAUUCUGCCCAUACUGUUUCAGUGUGUCUUGAGUCAGUCAAAAAAAGCCAUGCAUGCUUAAGUGUGUUAAUGGUCAAUCAUCCCUCGUCCCCCAAGUCUGUUUGAAUCAUCACGUCCGAUGAAAAAAAACUAAGCUUUAAUUAAAUGUACUUUGAAAAGGGACGCUGCAGAUACAAUGGAUAAAGAUGCCUGUAUGAAUACACAAUGUGAUUCUGAUAUACUGUACAAGUUGAAGCAGAAUAGAAAUGAUGGACAAAAACUGUGCUUACCAAACUGUGUGGCAUUUUCCUCUAAAAAUCUAAAUACCAAUUUCCAUACCAGUGUAUGCCUGUUGUCUAUUCACGGUUGUGCUGUGUUCUGUUUUUUACCACAAAUCGUUAUGUACCUAUUCAAGAGAAUCUGAUAUUCUGCUGCUGGAUUUUUCAAGUUAAAAUUCAGACAUCGUUUUGUGUUUUAUUUAAUGGCUUUGUUUGUAAAUGGCAGCGAUGCUGGUGUAGUUGCUUGUGUUUAAGCUGCUCCUGCAGAUUUCAGAUUUGGAGAGAAAUGUAGUAUGAUGCAUAGCAUAAUACUAUUUAUUUAAAUCUGACUGUUCCAAUGAAAUGGUCAAACUGUUUACAGAUUUGUGAUAUAGGCUAUAA